AUUUUCCGUCUGCAAGCAUCAGUUCAGCGAAUGAGUCGUGCAGCUUAGCAAAGAACCCAGCAGACAGGGGUAGGUAGACUCAGUAGAGGGCACUGUCUUUUUUAUCCAGCUGAAAAGCAGCAUAUUGUUGUGUCGGAUUGAAAUGCGGAAGAAGUGGGACGUCCUUAGCCUGCAUAUAGUGAGAGACGGCGCGGAGUAAAUCAUCCGAGCCGCGGCGCCUGGGAAAUACUCGAAGCCGGCAUCUUGCGGGCUUGUCGCUUUGGUUCAGCCCAUGGAAAGAUGUCUAGUGUGCCUAAGGACCGAACAAGCCGCUGGCAGGACAUCCAGAAGGGCCUGGAGUUCAUUGAAUCUACCCUGCCCUUUCCUGGAACUGAUGAGCGGUAUAAUGAAUUCAUCCAGAACCUGGUAACUAAUCUCUUUGAGGAAGGAAACGAUGUUUAUAGCGAGGGUGAAUGGAUGAAGUCUGUAGAGCACUACACGGAAGCUUUGAGCGUGGCAGACUACGCAGCCUCGGAGGAGAUCAUAAUUCAUAACGAAACUCUGGAGAAGCUGUAUGCCAAUCGAGCUGCUGCCUACCUCAGUACUGGAGUGUAUGACCAGGCUCUGAGCGACUGCGAGGAGGCACUGAAGCUGAACACCGACAACCACAGGGCUCUGUACCGGAAAGCCAGGUGCCUGAAGGAGAUGGGGAGGCACGGCGAAGCAUACGAAGUCAUAUCCAAGUGCUUUCUGGCAAUGCCACAGGAUCCCAGUGUUAUAAAGCUGACUGAGGAUUUAGCAAAAUUGCUGGGGCUGAAAGUCCGCAAACCCUACACGAGGCGCAAGCCGGCCUCAAGCAUGCUGCCGGACUCCAGCUAUUCAGCGGCACCCAGUGAAAAGAGUUUUAAAGAAGCGGACUCUGUGGAGGACAUCGAGCUCGUUUCGCAAGUCCCUCAGCAGAUGGGUGCCCCCCUGCUAGCCCCAAGCAUGCUGCCACAGCCCCCCCUUAAUAAAAAAGGGAGCAGCGAGACAGCCUCAGUCUCUGCCUUUGAGGCCCACAUGCAGGUGGCGAAUGGGGGCGUGGCCAGGAGUGGAGCCGGGGGUGGAGCCAGGGGUGCCAUGUCCUACCCUCUGGCCCAGUCCCCCUACAACGCCCACAUCAUUGGCAACGAGCUAGACAAGCUGCUUGACAUCACAGCCCCUGGCCAAGCUCCAGGGGACGUGGUGACCAGAGGAUCUCCCAUGAACGCCGCGCCCAGCCCUCUGCUCACAUCCUCGCACCCCAGCCUCCCGUACACCAGCUCCUCCUUACCCUCAGUUAAUUACACUAAUCUCUACACCACCAGUGGGUCCUCUGGGAACUCGGAGUUCGAUCUGGCCUCCUUCCCCUCGGCCUUGGACUCCCUGGACAAUCUUUCCAUGCCCGACGUCCGUACAGUGACUCCGACACCUCUGGAAAUGGGAGGAGCCCUGCUGCCCCCUGGUAUCCUGGCACAGCCCCCUGUCAGCCACAAGGGGGGGAACGAGGCAGCUUCUCUCUCGAUCUCUCCCUUCAAGUCCCUCAAUGCUGCGGCGCUGCCCGUUAUGCUGCCCCUGCUGGCGAAUGGGGGAGGGACACGAGGCGCCAUGGGCUUCUCUAUGCCUCAGUCUCACCUGGACUCCUUCGACACCCAGAUCAUUGGCGACGAGCUGGACAAGCUGCUUGAGGUUGCAGCCCCUGGUCAGGCCGCAGCGGACGUGGUGACCAGAGGAUCUCCUCCGAUCGCCGCCCCCGACCCUCUGCUCACAUCCUCGCACCCCAGCCUCCCGUACACCAGCUCCUCCUUACCCUCUAAUUACACUAAUCUCUACACCACCAGUAGUUCCCCUGCGAACUCGGAGUUUGAUCUGGUCUCCUUCCCCUCGGCCUUGGAUACCCUGGACAGUCUUUCCAUCUCCGAAUCAGAAAUGGGAGCUCUGGAUUUUGGCCAGGGAUUUUCACUGAUCUAUAGCAAUGAGACAUCCCUAAAUCCUCAGCUUAGGAUGACCUUUAACGUGGUGGACGGACAACCUUCUAUCCAAGUUCCACUUCCCAGAAAUCCCCUGUCGGAGACCCACGAGUUUCGGCAGGCCUGCUCAUGCUGCUACGUGAAGUUGGGUCCAGGAAUUCUGGAUUAUUCUCUGUUGAAGGAGGCCCACAAAUGCAAGAAAGACAUACUUUUAGGCAGACUGAAGAACUCUGAAGACCAAAGAUGGAAGCGAAUUCGGCCGAGGCCAACUAAGAACCAGUACGUCGGGCCGUAUUACGUCUGCAAAGACGUUGCUGGGGGCGAGGAGUGCAAGUAUCCCGGUCACUGCACCUUUGCCUACUGCCAGGAAGAGAUCGACGUCUGGACUAUGGAACGGAAGGGAUUCAUCACCAGAGACCUGCUGGUCGAUCCACAGGACACCAGCAAGAGCAUCAAUUUCACAGUUUCUAAAAUACUUCAGGAACACCAGGGGAUGUUUAUCUUCCUCUGUGAGGACUGCUUUGACAACAAGCCGAGGAUCAUCAGCAGAACCAGCAAGGACAACCGUGCUCUGUGCUCGCACCCCACGAAGAAGCACGUCUUUAAAGACCGAAGGUGUCUGGUCCACGUGGCGGGUGAGGGUCCGCAGGUGCCCGCGCGGCAGGACAGUCGCGUCAGUUACUCCAAGAUCCGGCCCCACAGCCCCCUCUCCCAGAUGGACCUGUGCCGGCACGUGGCGCGCUACGGCUGCGUGCGAGAGGACAGCUGCUUCUUCGCACACAGCCUCGUGGAGCUGAAAGUAUGGAUCAUGCAGGGCCAAAGAGGAAUGUCCUCUGAGGACAUCGUUCAAGAGUCCAGUAAGUGCUGGAACAUGGAAUCCAGUGUCCAGCAAUCUUCCAGUGCUCCCAAGUUUGGACCCUCCCACCUGAAGAUAUCUUUUGUGUGCAGCCAGUGCUGGAGAAACGGUCAAGUUAUUGAGGCUGACAAGAACAGGAAAUACUGUGCGGCUAAAGCACGGCAUCCGUGGGCUAAAGACAAGCGGGUGGUAUUGGUGAGCUCUGUCGAGCGUAAGAAGUGGAUACAAAUCCGCCCUCUUCCAGUCAAGAAGCCCAUUCCCUCUCAGUUUGAGAUCUGCCUGCACAUAUCUUCAGGGAAGAAGUGUCAGUACAUAGGGGUCUGCACGUUCGCGCACAGUCCGGAGGAGAGGGACCUGUGGACCUUCAUGAAGGACAACAACAUUGCAGACUUUGAGCGACUCUAUGAACUCUGGCUGCAAGCUCAGAAGCCCGGUGGGGGCGAGGAAGCUUCCGGCCAGGGAGCUCGGGAAAACGGGAGGCACAUCCACAUGCCCACGGACUACGCUGAGGAAGUGGCCCGCAACCACUGCUGGCUGUGUGGCAAGAACUGCAACAGCGACCGGCAGUGGCAGCAGCACAUAACCUCCGAGAAGCACAAGGAGAAGGUGUUUAACUCGGAGGACGACCAGAACUGCUGGCAGUACCGAUUCCCCACUGGCACCUUCAGGGUGUGUGAGAGGUAUCUAAGGGCUGCUUGCCCUGACAAGGAAAAGUGUGAGUUUGCCCAUGGAAAAGAGGAGCUUGAAGAGUGGAAGGACAGGAGGGAUUUCCUGCUGAGGAAACUCGCCAAAGCCAAGAUGGAUCAUCUAAUUGCUCCUGACGAUAACGACUUUGGGAAGUAUAGUUUUAUGCUUAAAGAAAUUAAUUAAUAUUUAACCAAGAGCAAUAAUGUGAGCCAUUGAGAUUGAAAGGCCCACACAGCUUGUCAUUCAGAGGCACCCAAUUGUCCAGAUGGCUGGAAUCUGGGUUGUUGAUUUUAUUGCAUAAAAAUGUGAUUGCCGCCUCACGAGGGGAAAAGGUCAGGGAAGCACCAGCAGGGCUGAAGGCAGAGGAGGCAGAGAGGUCCGGCGCUGCGGAGGAAGGCCGCACGAGAAGGCAACGCAAACAGGCUGGCAAUUCUUACACUGAGACGCAUCAGUGUGUGCGAUCGAUGUUUUGUUUUUUUCUUUAUUAAUUUCUGGAACUAUUGGAAUUUAGAAAAUUACAUUUCAUUUGUUUUUUUUUUUGUUUCGUUUUAUGCGUUCUAUUAGCCCUGUCGACUACCAGACAAAUGACUAAACAGAAAAAGCUCUGUUCUAAUUUAAUCAAUUGUAUUCUGAAAGCGUUGGUAUAAUUAUAUAAAAUUUUAAACAUAACUAGUUUUACUCAUUAGUCAAUGAAAUGAAUAAGUAUGGGAAAAUAUAUAUUUAAAAUAUUUUGUGAGGAAUGCAAGCUUUGUUUUAUUUCGGUGUUUUUCCAUCUGGAGUGUUAAGUGUGUUUUAUCUUUUUUGCACGAGGGCUACUUGCAUCAGUUAUUUCCGUAGCGUCUUAUUUUAUUUUCGCAGGUAGACUCAUUUCAGAGGUAUGUCUAUUGGAUAUCCGUAUCUAAAAUAGGGGGAAAACGCUGAGUGUUAAAGUUGUCUUGCGAGUCUUUGAGCUCCUGGGCGAAGUUUUUCAGUGGCUGUAUUGAGGAAUCUGAGGUCUGAGUUGUGCCUCAAUGUGGCUCAAAACGUGGCUCUGUAACUGUAGGUGAACCAGACCUUCUCGAAGAUGGAGUUCUGUGCCUGUGGAAUCCACUGAUAACAUGUGGAAAGUUUGGGGGGGAGAUGGGAAAUAAUUCUUGAGUAUUUCUUAUUUGAAAUAAAAAAUAAACGAAACAA